AUGACGACUAUGGAUCUGCGUGUCGGUAACAAAUACCGUAUUGGACGCAAGAUUGGGAGUGGUAGUUUCGGUGAUAUCUACCUGGGCACCAACAUCAUCUCUGGAGAAGAAAUCGCCAUCAAGCUCGAGAGCGUCAAAGCAAAGCACCCCCAGCUCGAAUAUGAAGCACGCGUCUACAAAUCCCUUGCUGGUGGUGUUGGCAUCCCCUUUGUGCGUUGGUUCGGUACUGAAUGUGAUUACAACGCCAUGGUCAUUGAUCUCCUCGGACCCAGUUUGGAGGAUCUUUUCAACUUCUGCAACCGCAAGUUCUCCUUGAAGACUGUGUUACUCCUUGCCGAUCAGCUCAUUUCUCGUAUCGAAUACAUUCACGCCAAAUCAUUCAUUCACCGAGAUAUCAAACCCGACAACUUCCUCAUGGGUAUUGGAAAGCGCGGUAACCAGGUCAAUGUCAUUGAUUUUGGUCUGGCUAAGAAAUACCGUGACCCCAAGACUCACUUCCACAUUCCUUACCGUGAGAACAAGAACUUGACUGGUACUGCUCGUUACGCCAGUAUCAAUACCCACUUGGGUGUUGAGCAGUCUCGUCGUGACGACAUGGAAUCUCUAGGCUACGUCAUGCUCUACUUCUGCCGUGGCUCUCUUCCCUGGCAGGGAUUGAAGGCUGCUACCAAGAAGCAGAAAUACGACCGUAUUAUGGAGAAGAAGAUGACCACGCCUACUGAAGUUCUUUGCCGUGGUUUCCCCAACGAGUUCGCCAUCUACUUGAACUACACCCGCUCCCUCCGAUUCGACGACAAGCCCGACUACUCUUACCUCCGAAAGAUCUUCCGCGACUUGUUCGUGCGUGAGUCCUUCCAGUACGACUAUGUCUUUGACUGGACGGUCUACAAGUACCAGAAGAACGCCGCCAUGAUUGUCGACGCCAGCAACCCCAAGAAGGACAAGGAGACUGAUGAGCAGCAACGCCGUGCUGCCCAGGCCGCCCCAGCCCUUGCCAACCAGGUUCCCAGCGCCAAGCCCGGUGCUAUCUCCGGCCAGCGCCGCAAGGUCAUUGAACGCGGCACCGUCGACACCCCGGACACCAACCGUGCAGUUGGAGGGAGUGACAGGAUGUGA